AUGGCUACUGUCAUUACGUGCUUUGAUGACUUGCUUGACGACGACGUAUUGUGCCACCUGUGGAAGAAUGACCCAAAGCCACCGGAGGCUAUGUGGGAACCUUGUGGAAAUAUGAAGAAGGCCAACUGGAGCAAAUAUUCAAAAUCUGCAAGCUAUAACACCCCAUGGCUACUUGCUAAUGGAUGA